CUUUCAAACGACUCGGUUCGAGUGGGUUCCGUGACACCGAGUUGAUUCUGAGCGGCAGCCUUGCUUUUAGGGCCGGGUGCGACGACGAUGGCCCAGCCGGGCGGGUGGUGCGCGCGCCUCUGGGCCCUGCCAGGUUGCCAUGGCUGCUGUUGACAGCUUCUACCUCUUGUACAGGGAAAUCGCCAGGUCUUGCAAUUGCUAUAUGGAAGCCCUGGCCUUGGUGGGAGCCUGGUACACAGCCAGAAAAAGCAUCACCGUCAUCUGUGACUUCUACAGUCUGGUCAGGCUGCACUUUAUCCCACGCCUGGGAAGCAGGGCCGACCUGAUCAAACAGUAUGGAAGAUGGGCCGUCGUCAGUGGCGCAACAGAUGGCAUUGGAAAGGCCUAUGCUGAAGAGUUAGCCAGCCGGGGUCUGAACAUCAUCCUGAUUAGUCAGGAUGAAGAGAAGCUGCAGGUGGUUGCCAAAGACAUAGUGGAAACCUACAGUGUGGAAACCGAGAUCAUAGUUGCAGACUUCAGCAGAGGCCGUGAGAUCUACACUCCAAUCCAAGAAGCUCUAGAAGACAAAGACAUCGGCAUCCUGGUGAACAAUGCAGGCGUUUUUUACCCCUAUCCCCAGUAUUUCACUCAGGUCUCUGAGGACACGCUCUGGAACAUCGUAAAUGUGAACAUUGCCGCUGCUAGCCUGAUGGUCCACUUAGUGUUACCAGGAAUGGUGGAGAGGAAGAGAGGUGCUAUCGUCACUGUCUCUUCUGGUUCCUGCUGUAAGCCCACUCCCCAGCUGGCUGCGUUUUCUGCUUCUAAGGCUUAUUUAGAUCACUUCAGCAGAGCCCUGCAGUAUGAAUAUGCUUCUAAGGGAAUCUUCGUGCAGAGCUUGAUCCCCUUCUCUGUGGCCACCAACAUGACCACGCCUGGCAGUUUCCUGCACAGAUGCCCAUGGCUGGUGCCUUCACCAAAAGUGUAUGCACAUCAUGCUGUUUCUACCCUGGGCAUUUCGAAAAGGACCACAGGCUACUGGUCCCAUUCUAUCCAGUUUCUUUUUGCACAAUAUAUGCCUGAGUGGCUCUGGGUGUGGGGAGCAAAUCUUCUCAAUCGCUCCUUACGGAAAGAGGUCUUAUCCUGCCAAGCUUGAAUCAGGAAGAUGGGGAGAAGCCUGGCCAAUUCAUGGCAACCUGCAGUAUUCCGACAUUUGGAAAAGCAUAUUUAAUUUAUGUAUUUUCUUUUACCAAGUUCCUAGCAUACUGUUUUUAUCGUCCUUUGCAAGUCAGACUAUCAGAGUGCUGGUAGAAAACCUCAAGGGCCAUGUGGAUGGCACAGAGGAAACAGCCACAAAGGAUGAGAACUGAUGGAAGAGACCUAACUGGCAAUGCUUUCUCUCUAAGCUUUUCAAAAGUUAUGUGGUCCGUGCUGUCCUAGGAACCAUGGCAGUCUACCACCUAAAAUAUGUCUUGCCUGUUUUUACAACUUCUGAUGAGGUUUAUUUUUUAAUGAUUACUUCAUAGAUGACUGUAGUAUUUGCUUUCAUAUGUUUUGACAGGAGGACUACUGAAAAGUGUUACUUUGUGACUGUGAGUACAGGUGUCGUUGGCAGCAGAGAUGGGUGUCUAUGUGCAUACACUACCCUGUGCUGAGGCUUCCUUGGAGUGCUGUGUGUCUGAGCAACUUUGUCUUCAAAAGAGAUUUCUUGUGAAGACAUUGUAGCAUGGGGCCUUACGAUAUUGACAGUAUAGGUUAUUCCUUUUCCUACUAUAAGCAGGCCUGCCCACGUCUGCACUGUAGGUUUGCCAUCUAAUGCUGCUUCCUCCAAGGUGUUUCUAUUUUCCCAACUCUGUGGAAUGACUGAAUUCCUAGGUUUUGGUUCAUAAUGGGUAACCUCAGACAUCUCAUGAUUUCUAAGGUAAUUACUAUGGAUAAGUAGUGAUUUCUCAGUGUAAUCCAUUUUGUAAGUGAAACAGCCUUUAGAGCUUGUUGUAUCUGGUUUUCAUAUACUUUUCUAUGUAAUGUUAUUCCAUCCUAGUAAUAUCAUUGAUAGAAACAUCAAGUAUUUAUGGGAUAAUUGUUAAAACAUGGGUAAAUUAUGUGUGAUAUGAUGUAUAUGUUGAAAUAAUGUCAGAAGGUCAUUUUUGGUCUGUUAUGAAUUUAUGCAUUGUAGUAAAUACUUUUAUUGGUAUGAAGAUAAUUUACACAACCCUCCACAAUGUGGGUGAACAUUGAAAUGUACUGUGUUGUCUUUAAUUCCUGUCUUAUAAAACCAACCAUUUCUAAGGGUCUCAUCCCUAGCACUUGGGAAGCUGCAAGCCAUUAUACCAAUGCAGCAGCAUGUGCAGAUUAAAAAUUCAGAGCUUAAAAUGUGGCCCUGAUGCGGAAGCUAGGAAACUGUUUGAACAUCAGGACCGGUAUGGAAUGAUGUUAGGUGACAUCCCCCCCUAAGUAGGCCCAAGCGCACUUUUAUUUUGAACAUACACUAUUGCCCAUGACAUUUCUUAGGUCAUUUUCAGCUGUAACUUGGACUCAGAAGAUCAGUGGCUACGUUCCAAAGUUCUUUCACUCCUAUCUUAUCUUCAAAAUGUAAAGUGCUGAGCAAAAUGCAUGCUUGGAGAUACUAUGUAAUGGCAGAGGUGUUGAUGGAGAUGACCGGGAAUCCUCUCAACUUCAUGCUGCGCUGAUGUGAGCUCUAAUGGAUGUAUAACAGGCAGCACAAUUUUGUGACAGCAUUGUCCAGCCAGGCAGGCUGGUGCAUGUCUGUAACCCUACUUAGGAGGUGAAGACAGGAGGCUUGAGAGUUCAAGGCCAGCCUAGGCUAUGUAGUGAGACCUUGUCUUAGACAAAACUGUAACAGAAACACAUAGUGCAUUCUUUGUAGGAUUCUGUCUCCCGUAUUCAGACUUACUGAUCAGGCAUGGAGUCCUUGAUACCUGAUGAGGACAAGGAAACAAUCUAGUCCUUGACAGGGCAUUGCCCAUGGUGCUCAUCUGUGCAGAUACAGUGCUCGGUGACAGUAAGUACCUUUGGUGAAAGGUCAACACCAAGACUUUCCCUUAGGCCUUUAGCUAAAAUAUCCUCCCCACCCCCAAAGCUCAUUUGAGUGUUAAUCAGACCACUGUGGAUGUGGUUUCUUAGAAUGUAGAAAAUAUGAACCUUUGAAAAUUAUUCCGUGAAGUGAAAUGAAACAAUAAAAGUGUUGCACUGGC